UUUCCUGCCCCUUUUUACGUAAGACUGGACUGCCGCUCUGAGAACAACAUGACACUGGACCGCCCGUCGCAGAUAUGAAGUCCGAAGAAGUAGACGAGACUGAAGAAUUAAACAAUUUACCUGUUGAUUCCUCCCGGAUUGCACCAUAUUUGUCAGAGUUGAAAGAAAAAGCAGAGGCAGAAUUGCGCAUUCGAGACUUGGACUUGUCGAAAACUUUUUUGAUACGGUUUUUGCAGGCGAGAGACUUUGAUGUGGCGCUGGCGCUCAAGCUGUUGAUUAACUAUCAUAAAUGGAGACAAGAAUGUCCAGAAAUAACAGCCGAUCUGCGUCCCUCAUCCGUCAUUGGACUUCUCCAAAACAACUACCAUGGAGUUUUGAGAUCGAGAGAUGAUGCUGGAAGUCGAGUUUUAAUCUAUCGGAUUGGUAAAUGGAACCCCAAAGAGUUCACAGCCUAUGAGGUUUUUCGUGUCAGCCUCAUUACGUCAGAGCUGAUAGUUCAAGAAUGGGAGACGCAAAGAAAUGGACUCAAAGCGAUUUUUGAUCUCCAAGAUUGGUGUUUUGCUCAUGCUCUGCAAAUAAAUCCUUCUUUGGCAAAAAAGAUAUCCUCUGUUCUUACGGAUUCCUUUCCAUUGAAAGUGCGUGGCAUCCACUUGAUAAACGAGCCAAUUUUUUUCCGUCCUGUCUUUGCUAUGAUCCGACCAUUUCUUCCAGACAAAAUCAAACAACGGAUUCAUAUGCAUGGCUGUUCAUAUGCCCGAAGUCUCUGCAAUUACUUUCCAAAGGCAGUACUCCCUCCUGUGUAUGGAGGAACUGGACCCAGCGUAGAUGAAGUGUGUCAAGAGUGGACCGAGUACAUCAUGCAGUCUGAAGACUAUCUGCACAGGCUCUCUGUUGACUUAGGUGGAGAAGGAGGACAUGCUUCUCAGUCAUAAAGUGAAGGUGUGAACCAUCACCUCAUCAUUUCAACAUAUGUUGAACAUUUUUUUAUUUGGGUUUUUUCAUAUUGGACAUGACUGAAUGGUGCAGCUUUUUUAAAUUGUCUGUGUGAUUAGCUUUUAAGAUAUUCCAAACUGGAAGAAAUAACAUUCCUGUUUACUUAGUUUGACUGAGUAUAUAUAUUUGGAUAAUAAUGUGAUGUAUUGAAGCACUUGAUUUGCUUCUGAAGAUGUGAUCUAGCAUCAGAUAUCAAAUAUCAGAUGUUUGUUACCUUUAGUAUAAGGUUUCCACAGUCACUUGUAAAUAGCAAAAGAACAAUGUAAUAAUAUUGUACAUGACUGAAAUAAUAAGUGCCUUCUGAUCUGUGAUGGUGUUUAUUGGCAUAUUUUUAUCAAACUGGACAUAACUCAGGAUGUUACAGGAGUUAAUCAAGGAUUAACUGUUUGUUACACCUCAGCUGUUAAAAAUCAAUGGAUCUGUAUUGUAACAAUAAAUUGCAGCUAUUGGUAACCUUUGUUGUCUUUUCAGUCUACCAAGUGGGAUUGUAAAGUGGCACUUUGCUCUAUUGCCUUCUGCUCCGAUUCUUAAACAAACAGACCAAUGACCUUACUGGAGCUCUUCAUGUUUACAUGGUUUCUAUAAAUGUGACUUUCUGAAACCCUGUUUAUAAUGCUGUUUGUUCAAUUUGUUGCACCCUUAUGUCAAAAUAUGUUUCACAUGGCAGAAAAACUACUAAAUAAUCUACGCUAACAUAAUUGAAUAUAAUCGUGUUGACUCGGUGUUAUACUGUGAAUAAUUAUCUCCUUUGUAUUAUACUUUAUCACAAUGAUACAAAUAUAUUCGCAGACACAUUAUUUCACAAUGUGCUAAACUUAAUUAAAGCUGAAACUGGACACUUUCA